CCUUGGACUGUUAGAUAGAAAGAUCUUUAAAUCAAAGCACCUGUACAGAAUCUGCACGCUCUCUGCAUAGACUGAGAAUUGGUGGAGAUCGGAAAGGUGGGUGGAUUGUGUUGUUUGAGCGCUCCUCAGAUCUGGACUGUGAAAUCUGGCUUUCUUUUAAGCCUCCACUCAAUUAAUCUCCUAUUUUAAAACAGAAAAAAGAUCUCUUUGGUCUAUUACUACAUGAUGUACAUCCAAACAAGAGGAGAUGUACAGUGGGAAAGGAAUGUCUACGACGUGUUCUUAAGCUUUAGAGGGAUAGAUACUGGCAAAAACUUCACCGAUUAUCUCUAUACUAGCCUUGUCGAUGCAGGAAUUCAUACGUUCAAGUAUGACAAUGAGCUUCAUGUUGGUGAGAAGAUUGGUUCAAACCUUCUCCACGCUAUAACACAAUCUAAGAUCUCCAUCCCGAUUAUCUCGGAGAACUAUGCAUUCAGUAAAUGGUGCCUUUGUGAGCUGGCUCAUAUGUUGAAGUGCAGAAGAAAGGCAAGUCAAAUAGUGUUGCCCAUAUUUUACAAAGUGGAACCCUCACAGCUGAGAUAUCCCACAGGGAAAUUGAGAGAUGCUAUCAGUGCACAUGAAAAGAAUAUGGACGAAAUGGUUGUGAAGGAAUGGAAAGAAGUGCUCAAAGAAGUCAGUCUUUUGAAAGGAUGGGAAUCAGAGAAAAUUGCUAAUGGGUAUGAAGGAUCAUUGGUUCAAAUUGUUGUCAGAAACGUUACGAGAGAAUUGAAAGGACUUUAUCAACUAGAUGUCCCCAAACAUUUGGUGGGAAUCGAUGAUCAUGUGGAAGAGAUUAUGAGUGAGAUAGAUGCUAAACCCAAUGAUACAAGGAUAAUUGGAAUUUAUGGAAUGGCUGGAAUCGGUAAGACAACUUUGGCAAAGGUGUUAUAUAACAAACUCUCUAGCCGUUAUCAUUUUCGUAGCUUUGUGGCAAAUAUUAGAGUAGAAUCUCAGCACACGGGUAUCAAAGAACUACAAAAGCAGCUCAUUUAUGACAUAGUGGGACGUGCCCAUGAUAUUCAUAAUGUCGACGAUGGAAUCUGUAUCAUCAAAUCUCGAUUUAUAACUAGGGAGGUCCUUAUUCUUCUUGAUGAUAUGGAUGAUUAUAAACAUUUUGAUGUGUUGAUCAGAGAAAAAGAUUGGCUUCAAGCAAGAAGUAUAGUCCUCAUAACAACUACAAACAAGAGAAUUCUUGAUAGAGUUAGGGCAGAUUACACUUACCAACUUCCCAAGUUAAAAUUGGAUCAAGCAUUGAUUUUAUUUAGUAAACAUGCAUUUGGAAGGGACUUUCCUCUGAGUAAUUAUGAGGUUAUCUCCCGUGAAGUGGUAUUGAGUAUUGGUGGGCUUCCCUUAGCUCUUGAAGUUAAGGGUUCUUUUUUACGGGGAAAAAGCGAAACAGUGUGGAAACAAGAAUUACGGAAGUUAAACAAAGUGCCAAAGACAGUGGAAAUGAGCUAUGAAGCAUUAGAUGAUAAUGAGCAACAAAUAUUUUUAGAUAUUGCAUGUUUUUUUAUUGGAUCAUCUAAACAAAGUCCAACUUAUAUGUGGGCUGCUUGUGGUUUUUUUCCACGGAAGGGGAUUGAAGUAUUGAGUCUUAAGUCCUUAGUUAAUAUUGACAAAGAUGGCAAGCUAAUGAUGGAUGAUCAACUAAGAGAUUUUGGAAGGAAAAUUGCUCUAGAAAAUCAAGAGGAGCCUGAGCAGCGUAGCAGAAUAUGGAUUUAUAAGGAGGCGGUAGAUGUGCUUGACAGUAACAAGGGCAAUUCUAAGAUUGAGGCCCUUUGUCUCGAUGAAUGUGACUACAGAAGAACCUACACAAGCGAACAAUUUGAAGGACUGACCAACUUAAGGUUUCUCAAAGUGUGCGGUGCGAAUUUCACAGGAGAUUUCCAUAACUUGCUUCCUCACUUAAAAUGGCUUCAGUGGGAGCAUUGUCCCACAAAUUUCCGAGCAGCCAACUUUCAUCCAAGGGAAUUAGUUGUGCUCAAUCUGUCAUGGAGUAAGAUAUCAGAGGACUGGGGAGGAUGGGGUCCACUCAAGAUGGCAAUCAAGCUAAAAGUUCUUAACCUCACAGGCUGUCGAUCUUUGAGAAGAACUCCCGACCUGUCUGCUUAUAAAAGCUUGGAGAUUUUAAUUCUUGAAGAAUGCGAGAAUAUGGAAGAGAUUGAUUCUUCUAUCGAAGACAUCAAGACCCUCGUCUCCUUGAAUGUCAGUAGUUGUACGAGACUGGAGGAGCUACCUAAAGGAGUAGGUAGAAUGGAAGAAUUGAGGGAGCUAUUCAUAAAUGACACUAGCAUACAAGAGAUUCCGCUUUCGGGAGAUGGUUUGAUGAAGCUAGAGACUUUACGUGCUUCAUGUUGUAAUCGACUGGAGGAGCUACCGGUAGGGGUAGGUAGAAUGGAAAAAUUGAGGGAGCUUCUCAUAGAUAACACAUCUGUACAAGAGAUUCCGAUAUCAGGAGAUGGUUUGAUGAAGCUGGAGACUCUAAGUGCCUCAGGCUGUAGGAGGCUGAAGGAGCUACCUACAGAAGUAGGUAGAAUGGAAGAAUUAAGGGAGCUUAUCUUGGAUCAUACUAAUAUACAAGAGAUUCCGAUAUCUGGAAGUGGUUUGAUGAAGCUACAGAUUCUAAAUGUUAGUAGUUGUAGGAGAAUAGAGGAGCUACCAGCACAAGUAGGUCAUAUGAAAGAAUUAAGAGAGCUUCUCAUAAAUGACACCGCUAUACGAGAGAUUCCGAUAUCAAGUGGUGGUUUAAUGAAGCUGAAGACUCUACGUGCCUCAUAUUGUGAAGAACUUGCUCAACUUCCAAAUUCUAUGGGCUCUCUUACAUUGUUACAUCAGUUGGACCUAUCUCAUUCAGGGAUUGAAAAGUUACCUGAAUUCAUGAGCUCCUUUAAUUUGCUAACUCAGCUGAACCUAUCUUAUUUAGGGAUCAAGGAAUUACCUGAAUCCGUGGGCUCUCUUAAGUGGUUAACUCAGCUGGACCUAUCUCAUUCAGAGAUUGAAGAAUUACCUAAAUCCAUAAGCUCCCUCGUGUCAUUAACUCAACUGCACAUAUCUCAUUCAUGGAUUGAAGAAUUACCAAAAGCCAUGAGCUCCCUUGAAUCAUUAACUCUAUUGGACCUAUCCCAUUCAGGGAUCGGAGAAUUCCCAAAAUUCAUGAGCUCCCUUGUGUCACUAGCUCAAUUGGACCUAUCUCAUACAGGGAUUGAAGAAUUGCCAGAAUCCAUUGGUUGUCUAAAGAAGCUCCAAAUUCUUAAUGUCUCUUGUUGUGGAUUAGCCAGCAUUCCCCACUCCAUAGGCGAUCUGGCAUAUCUAUCUCUACUUGACCUAAGGCAAUGCAACAAACUUACUCAACUUCCAAACUCCAUAGGCUUUGCCAUGUCUUUGCAGCACUUGUUGUUACAAGGAUGCCACUUGUUGAGAGAGAUCCCCAACUCAAUCAAAAAGUUGACAUCAUUGAUUGAGUUAGAUUUAAAUUCUACGGCAAUUGUGGAAUUACCAUACGGGAUUGUGAAUUUGCAGAAUUUGACGAACUUGGACAUUCGUGGAACUUACAUAACAAGAUUGCCUGUAGACUUCAAAACUCCUACAAUAUUUAAACAAUAAACAUCACCAUCAUUUCACAGUUUAAGCUGUCAUUUUGUGUGGGCGGCUCUUUGUUGUCAAGUUCGACGUCCUUCCUAAUCUAGAUUGUUGAUUUUCACGGAUAUGCCUCGGUUGAUGUCCUAGUUUGCUGAUUGUAAUUCUUUUCGAUGCAGAUUUUCAAUAGAAAUGGUCAGCUUAUAAAUUUUGCUUUGAUAUCAA